UUAUCAACAGAUGAUUCUGUAACAAAGAUUUGACAAAAAAGAAGGAACGAAAAUGGCACAGAAGCUGGAAAACCGUGCCAAUCUGUUUCGUAUACAAAUUCUCAUUAUAGAUGGAGGCCUGCUUGCUUUAAGAAAUAAAAUUGACCAGACCCUAUUUGCACAAGGUACAACUUUAAGUGCAUGUUUGAAUAACGAAAGGACAACAAUUAAUGGUUUGAAAAGCCGCCGGAUUAUUACACAGGUACAAUAUGACCAAUUGUUUCCAACGAAUGGUAAAGUCCCAACUACUUCAGAUAUGGACAUCACUCUUAUCAUUUGUCUUCUAAGGAAUCUGAAAUGUUUUGGAUUGAAUAAGAAAUUCGACUGGAACGCAACGCCUUUAUUAACUGAUAAAUCAGUUGAGGCAGAUAUAUGUCGGUUGAAAGCUUUCCGAAAUGAAAUUAGCCAUAUAGCAGAAACAACUGCUAUACAAGCAAAUGACUUUGCAACUUGGUGGAAUGACAUCGAGCAGAUACUGGUUCGACUAAGUUCUCCACCUCUGAAUAUUCAGCAAAAUAUUGCCGACUUUUAAAGAUUGCCCUCUAGAUCCAGACGAAAGAGAAAAGGGUACAAGAAGAAAUUAAAAAGUGGAAGGACUAUGAAGCUGAUGUUGAUCGACUGAAAGAAGAAAUGACAGAUGUAAAAGAAAGGGUUACUGAAGUGGAGAAUAAGCAAGAGGUGAUCUACAGACGACUAAAUGAAGGCGUCUCUUCUAUGCAGACAGAGGAGGAAAAGUAUCAAAAACGCAAGAAGGGUAUGUACACAUAGCUGCACUUCUAUAUCAAACAAUAAGUGUAAAUAUAUACUGAUGCAUUUAUAAAUCAUCCAAGAAGUGUGAGUAAAUAUUGAUAUACUUCUAUAUCAG